GAGCUAGCUAGUUAUCGAGUUGACGAACCGAAUACUGUAAAUUGGGCCUAUUGAGCUAAGUGUGCAAGGAAACGUACGAUGCUAUUAGCUCUUGAGUGAAGCUCGCCUCUUUACAGUUUUAGUCGAGAAUACCAGCGGCGAUGUACUUGUGUAACAAAAAUACAUUGCAUUGUUUAGCGUUGAAUCGUUACACGCGAAGAGAAACGAAAACGGUGGAUUUAAGCAUAGUUGUCAUUAAGCCAGCUGCAACUUGCUAGUAGCUAGCAAACACCCUCCGAAGCAGGCCUGGCUACUAGCAUUAACAUCAGUAAACAAUUUCCGGGAACACUCUUCAAAAUAAAUAUCAACUAUUGACCUGAUUCAUAGAAAUAUUCGUUUUGAGUUAAUAUUUAAUUAUAGUUCUGUCUUCGGUGAGGCUCUGUGUUGAAUUAAAAAAGAAAGUAAUUUCCAAUAGCCAGUUUGUGUUCAUUUUUAAAUGUGAGAGUGCUUUAAUUUUGUAAACUCACUCCGUGUUUCCGCAGCGGUGUUUUAAAUGUUUGUGUUAUUGCGACCACAACCUUAGCUAACUAGCCAUCUAUAGCCAGCCAGUUAAGCCUAAACCACUUAACUCUGAGAACGUUAACACAUGGAAACAAGUGACUGUCUGCGUUAUUCCACCGCUUCACUCGGGUCAGUCUGGUCCCUGGACGUUUGUCAAAAGUCUACGGAGCGUGCCAUGACCUAACUUGGAAUAACGCGAACAGAAGCCGUUGGUACUCUAUGUAAGAUGAACACUGAGGACAAGUUGGAGGGCAUGCUGUUCAAGUGCAGCAGCGGAGGGAUGGAUGGUAGAGGACGAGUCGGCCUGGUGAUGACGCUCGGGGAACGAUCACUGGCAGACCACCCACUGUUGGCAGAAGAUGACGACGACGAGGAUGAAGAUGAGAACUUGACUGUGAGCUCGUUGGUAACUCACGACCUCGUACCUCCCGAGCAACUGAUGAUGCAAGAAAUGUCCAAGAACAGUGGAGGAGCUGAUGAAGAAGGAGCAGGUGAAGUGGGGGUGCAUUUCCCACUGAAGUUGACCCAUAAGUUGCCCUGCUUGCCUCUGAACAUUAAGCAAGAAUUAAAAUUUACUGAGCAGCCACCCCAGAUAAAGAAGGACAAAAAAAUUGUCAAGGACCUAAUGGUAUGUCCCAAGAAGAAGAAACGGAAACAACGCUCACCAGCAAAGAUUCUAAGCAUUAAUGAGGAUGGUUCAUUUGGCAUACAAAGCCCCAAGGUACAUGUUUGUAUUCACUGUAACGCAGCGUUCAGAACCAACUACCAUCUACAGAGGCAUGUGUUCAUUCACACAGGUGAGAAACCAUUUCAGUGCAGCCAAUGUGACAUGCGCUUUAUUCAGAAAUAUCUUCUCCAGAGACAUGAGAAAAUUCACACCGGUGAGAAGCCUUUCCGCUGCGAUGAGUGCGGUAUGAAGUUCAUCCAAAAGUAUCACAUGGAGAGACACAAGCGGACACACAGUGGGGAGAAGCCCUACCAAUGUGACUACUGUCACCAGUACUUCUCCAGAACUGACCGUGUUUUAAAGCACAGAAGAAUGUGCCAUGAAAACCGAGAGAGAAAGAGCAACAAGGCUGCCAAUAAAAGUGGAGCAUUGCAUGAAGCAGAUGCCUUAAGCCCUUUUCUCACCAAAGAGUGUGCAUUACCCAAGAAGAAACGACAGAAGUGUUCAGAUAAGUCUGACAGUUCUGGCUCUUCUAAUGCUGCCCCAGUAGAGGAGCUCACUUCUGCUGUUAAAGAAACUGAAAUGAAAGGGGAAGAGAGAUUGAAUAAAAGUGGAGAUCUCCCUCUUUUUGCUGUGUCCUCCAAAGUUAAACACGAGUACGUGAUUGGGGAAUACUCUGUGGCACUUCCAGAAGAGACUACCAGCCAACAUGAAGUUGAAGACUUGGCACCAGAGGAGGUUGUGGCUCCUAAACUAGUCCUAAAGAAGGUGUCUAAGAGGAGCCUUAAACAGUCCGGUGAACAACCUCAUUGCCUGGCCACUCUAUCGUCAUUUGAGGACAACAAAGUUACACAUUAUACCUUUGAAAUUGUGGAUAAGCAAAGCCUUUUGGAGGAAGUAAGCAACACAGAUUCAGCGGAAACCACAACAAAGCCUGUAGCCAGCAGCACAAACUAUGAUGACGCCGUGCAGUUCCUCAAGAAGAAACGCUACCUUCAAGCAGCAGCGGCCAACAACAAUCGUGAUUACAGCCCGAACACGAGCAGCAUCUCUUCUCAGCCGACCGUUUCUCAAACGGUGGUGUCAGCUGUUAUUGACGAAACAGUCCCUGCCACUAUUCUGGAACCUCAGCCUCUUAACGCGGAGAUCAAGGCAACACAUGAAAGGAACGUGCUGCCAGAUGAGGUUCUUCAGACUCUGUUGGACCACUACUCCAACAAAGCUAAUGGUCAAUCAGACAUCUCCUUUAGUGUAGCUGAUACAGAAGUUACCUCAAGCAUAUCCAUUAAUUCCUCCGAUGUUUCAGAUGCUAGUCCUGCAGAGAGCCUCGGAGCUGCAAGUGCUCAGACUCAACCACCGACUGAGAAGGCCAGUCUCUUGCAAGAAUAUUCCAAAUUUCUCCAGCAAGCAUUGGAGAGGACCAGUCAGAAUGACAGCUACCUUACGAGCCAAAGCCUCAGCUUGGUCACAGAAAACCCUACAUUAGCUGGUCAGCCCCUGUUCUCCACCGAGAAGCAGUUUCCUUCCCCCAGUAGGUUCAAAUCAGGGAUGAGCUCCCCAUUGAGAUCCACAAUAGAGAAACCUCACUUUGGAUUACUGGUCGGUGACUCUCAGCACUCGUUUUCGUUUUCAGGUGAUGAAACUACCCCUCCUUCGACAGUGUCCCCCUCUGAUGAGGACUUCCUGGAACAGGUGUCGCCAUCCAAAAAGACUGACUCCUCUCAAGGGAUACUCCAGACUUUUCAAAUUAACACCUUUGACCCAAACUUCAAGUCUCAUUUCCAGACUUCCAGAUGUGGUUCCUCUUCACAGUUUACAGGUGCCAACGGACAAGUAAGUCUCCGUGGCCACAGCACAGACUUCUCAGAGUUUUCUUUAGUUCGAGUUACAGAGACCAGGUCCCAACUGAACUCCUCCCCUGAUGUUUCAUCAAGUGAAACCUUUGGUUGAAGAGAAUAGUUGUGUAAAUCCUACGUUAAUAAUUUCUGAAGCACUUUAUCCCAUUUCACCCGUUUUGCCAAAGCACCUCUCAUUUCAUUUAUUUAGUACCUCCUUAAGGCGUUUACUUUCAAAAUGCAAUCAUUUUUUAAACAUUGUCUUGUUGUAGUCAAUAUAGUGAUAAAUAUGGAGAAAUUGGCAAAUCCCCGUCAUAAAAAUUUGAAUUUACAGUGAGAGAUUAGGCGAUCAAAGCCUAAUAUGGGAGUACAAAUACAUGCCAUAUUGGUAUACAUAUUUAUUUUUUGUCACUUUUGCUUGCACACAUUAAAAAUAGUCAUCCUUUUGCUGAUAGCUACCUCCCCAAGUUGAUUAUUUGUGAAAUAUUGAAGAUAAGGGGAGAUAAUGUUGAACUUUUUUUUUUAAUCCAUUUGUACAAAUGCUCACUAGUUGCCUGCUAAGAUGAAACCAUUAAUUUAAUAUCGUAAUUGAUUUUUUGUCUUACCGCUUUACCAUGUGUGCCCUGAAUGAGAAAAAAAAAAAAAAUAACGUAUUGAAUUAUCUUUUGAAAUUUUUCAUUGACAGGUUGAAUUUCAUCUGAAAAAUGGAGAUCCCAUCCAUACCUUUUGGCCAUUGUCAUUUCAAUAUCCUAUCAAACUGAAAGCUAUACAGGAAGUUGUUUAUUCCCACAAAAACUAAAUGUUGAUUGGUUGCUCUUCCUUCCUAAAAGUAAAUGUAAUGAAAUGACUUAAAGGGAAAGACAUUGUUAAGUAUAAAAGAACUCCUCUGUUGAUGAGCCACACGGAACCAAAUUAUUGCAACAUACAGCAACAGGAGGGCAUUUUUUUAUUUUAGCAAAAUCCAUGUAAAUACACAACAAAGUCUCAACUUGGUUUAAACAACAUCACAAUAGCUUGGAAAAUUGUGGCUAUAAUUGAUGCCACGAGAAAUGGCGGACUAUCUGAAAUACUCACGUUAGAUUGGCAGUUCUGGCUUUUAAAAAUGUCUGCUCAGCAAUUUUGCCUUCUUCCUGAAAUUAUUGGCUUUGAAUGACCUUUUUCUCCAAUAUUACACAUCACAAAAAUGAAAUUCGGUUUAUUAUUUCAAAUUUUUAGGAUUCUUUUUGGUGUGUGCACUUGAUCAAAACCUUGUCUUUCCCUUUCAAAGUUUUGUGCUUGCUAUCGGCACAAUUUGCACGUUUUUCACUACAAGGAGAAUGUAGUGCUUUGUAUCACAGUGUCAAAAAUCAUUGUUAAGAAAACAUUUUCAUUACUCAUUGGAAAUGGUCUGGGGAAACCAUGUGAUGGAAACCCCCAAAUUCUUUGGUGAUAUUGAACAUUUGGUCAAGGCACAGUUAAGUUGACAGCAUGGAAGUGUAGAAUAUUGAUUAGGGUAGCUGUAGGAUUAAAAUCUUUGUUGUUAAAAAUUUAGCUGAAAGUGUUUGAUUUUUAAAUCAAAUGUUGGUGAUUUUUUCCAGUGUAAAUUGUUAAGGGGUUGCAAAGUGAUGCUUAAGGUGCUACUGUGUGUAAAAACACUUGACCCUUUACGCCAUCAUGAAGUUCCAUUGACAAUCAGGGACAAAUGACACCAACAACAAUCAUCAAAUAUUGUAUUUUUUCCUUUAACAUUCCCUUUACUAGUAUAUAUGUAAAUAAUCUGUAAAUACAUGGCAUAUUUUUCCAAUUCUGACGCUUAUAGCUACUGUAUGUGUUGCGAGAAAGACUGCUUGUGCAAGACUUUCUUUCUAGAGGCAUAUUACUUUUUACCAACAUUAAUUGGAUUUGACAAUGAAUCAAGUUCCUUAUGAGAUUUGUACAUAAUGGAUGUAAUCAGCGAUAUCAAGGAAAUCAUUUACGUAGUGUUGAUGACAGUUAUUCUUGUAAUUCAAUGCAGUGAAUUGGACAUUUUAAUUGUUUUUUCUAGAUACUUUGCCCGGGUAGAACAAAUGUCACUAAAAUCCGUGUGAAAUUUUGUGGUCUUUAAUGGCCUUUGUGAGACUUUUAAGCACAAUGGGGUUGAAUAUUUGUUAAAUUCAAAUCAAUUUCUUUUUGACUAUUUGAAAUGAUCUCAAGCAAUUAUAGAAAGGCAGUUUUGAGUUUCAAAAUCGCAGCACUAUGUGUUCCCCCCCCACUUUUUGACCAUAAGUGUCCUUGUAUAAGCUAGUGAAAAAUUCCAGUUUAGUAUCUGGAUUGUCUUUUUAAAUGAAAAAAAAAAUAUAUAUAUAUAUAUACUAUUUUUGAACCAUGAAUUUUAAGGCACUGAUAUGUAUGGCAUAUCAUAUGCACUCACCAUACACUCAAUUGUCUCUGUAAAAGUGUUUUGUGUUCAUUUCAAUGUGAAUUGCUGAAUCUGCAUUUUAAGAUGGCUUUUUCUCGUAAAUACCGUACAAUGCUUCACCGUGGGCACUAAUAAAUCAAAAAGGUUUGUUUGCAUGGUGACAAAGUUGUUGGAUCUCAAGUGAACUCGUUUGAUGAAUGAAGUGAAGCUUUAAUUGUAGCGGAUUGAUUUGUCAUUUAACACCAUACUGUUAGAACUUUGCAAUAUGAUUUGUAAACAUCUGAUUAAGUUGUUAUCUUGUCAUGUCCAUACAAAUAAAAUGGUUCACCCCAAAAAUAUGGCAUUUAUUUUUUCUUUUACCCUCUUUGCAGUAUUUAUGUCCAUGAGAAUGGCGACUCCAAGUGGACUAAAGUUAUACUACAAUUGGUAACUAUAAAUUGCGGUAUUCCAUACCAUUUAAUCAAAUUUACCCAUCGUCAUAGGCGGAGUUUAACUUUUGGAGGGGGGGCACAACAUAUUGAUGACCCCGAAACGCAGUGUCAGCAAUAAAAUUAACUUGAAAGAAUAUUUAUAAUACUAAGUUGACAAUGAGCGUUUUUUUUUUGUUUUGUUUUUUUUUGUUUCCCAUUAUUCUUGAGAGGAAUUCUU